GGGCUUGACAGGCUCGGUCCCUGCAAGUAGGUCUCUCUCCUGUUGCCUUCCUUGCGUCUAACCUUCCAGCUCGUUUGCCGCUGCCGUCCCGCCACGCCGGUCUCCGAAGCCGCCCCUUCCCCAUGUGCCGGGGCAGGAGUCCGGAAAGCCAAGACCCGCUCGCCGGUACCCCAUCAUGUCCGAACUGACUAAAGAGCUGAUGGAGCUGGUGUGGGGCGCCAAGAGCAGCCCCGGUCUCUCUGACACCAUCUUCUGCCGCUGGACGCAAGGGUUUGUGUUUAGUGAAUCAGAGGGAUCUGCAUUAGAACAGUUUGAAGGUGGCCCCUGUGCUGUUAUUGCACCCGUUCAGGCAUUUCUUUUGAAGAAGCUCCUGUUUUCUUCUGAGAAGUCUUCUUGGAGGGAUUGCCAAGAGGGAGAGCGGAAGGAACUCCUUUGUCACACCUUAUGUGCUAUCUUAGAAAGUGCUUGUUGUAGCGACUCUGGACCGUACUGCUUGGCUUCAUGGUUAAGAGGAAAGACGGCUGAGGAGACUGCUGGUCUUCCUGGGAGUCCUGCACAGUCUAGUUGCCAAGUGGACCAUUCUUCUGCCUUGGCUGUCGAAGAGCUUGGCUUUGAGCGAUUUCAUGCAUUAAUUCAAAAAAGAUCAUUCAGAAGUUUAUCAGAAUUAAAAGAUGCUGUCUUGGACCAGUAUUCAGUGUGGGGAAACAAAUUUGGAGUAUUGCUUUUUCUGUAUUCUGUGUUACUGACAAAGGGCAUUGAAAACAUAAAAAAUGAAAUUGAAGAUUCAAGUGAACCUUUGAUAGAUCCUGUGUAUGGACAUGGCAGCCAAAGUUUAAUUAACCUCCUUCUAACGGGACACGCAGUUUCUAACGUAUGGGACGGUGAUAGAGAAUGCUCAGGAAUGAAACUUCUUGGUAUACAUGAACAAGCAGCUGUAGGAUUCUUAACACUAAUGGAAGCAUUAAGAUACUGUAAGGUUGGUUCUUACUUGAAAUCUCCAAAAUUCCCUAUUUGGAUUGUUGGCAGUGAAACUCACCUCACCGUAUUUUUUGCCAAGGAUAUGGCUUUAGUUGCCCCUGAGGCUCCUUCAGAACAAGCCAGAAGAGUUUUUCAAACUUACGAUCCAGAAGAUAAUGGAUUCAUACCUGAUUCACUCCUAGAAGAUGUGAUGAAAGCAUUGGACCUUGUUUCAGAUCCUGAAUAUAUAAAUCUCAUGAAGAAUAAAUUAGAUCCAGAAGGAUUAGGAAUCAUAUUAUUGGGUCCAUUUCUUCAAGAAUUUUUUCCUGAUCAGGGUUCCAGUGGUCCAGAGUCUUUUACUGUCUACCACUACAAUGGACUGAAGCAAUCAAAUUACAAUGAAAAGAUGAGGCCUCUGAGACAGGGAGAUUAAGUGACUCACCCAGGGUCACACAGCAAGUCAUUGGCAGAGCAGGGAUUGGAACUGAGUUCCUGAUUCCCAGUCGUGUCCUUGGUCUGCUUGACCACGCUACCUGUAUAUAGUAAGUUUUCAAGUCGUGCUCAUGACAAGCGUCUGACAUACUAACAAAGAGGUCAGAAAUCAAAGAUGAACUAUUAACAUGACAGUAGUAUGUAAGCACUCUUAACACGAAGCAUGUAUGCCAUUAAGUUGCAGAGGUAUACCAUAAAGUUACUCAGGAGCUAGAAAUCUGGUAGACUGCAGAGUAAGGUACUACUAAAAAUAUCUGAGGAAACAGACAACAGAAGGCUGGCCAAGCAGAAGGGAAUAUGACCCACCAGGGGUCACAGGCCAGGGAGGCCACACAGGUAGGUCGGGGUACUCCUCCCAAGCAGGUCUGCUCUAACACCAUGAGCAAGGGAUUUUCAGAGAAAAGUUUUGCUUUGGAGAGCUGAAAAGCAUGACUUAACAGUUCUAAUAGUAAAUUUAUUCCAUCAAAACUAGAAAGUACUACAGCAACCAAAGUACAGAUGCAAAAAAGUAAAACUGUUUGUUUCACAUUAAAGUAUGUCUUUAGAGCCUCCUAAAAAGAGACUUAUGAAACCAAAUUAUCUGGCCUAGUAAUAGAAAAUAUUCCCAUAUUUAAUGUAUUUUAAGGAGACUCCAACUUAAGGCUAAUCAGGUUGUUUCUCUUGGCUCCUUGGUCAAAUAGUUUAUAGCUUUUAUCUUGGAAGAACGUAAUUACAAUCAUGUGUAUCAGCCACUGAGUGUAAAAAUCAUUACACAUACUUUGGAAGAGGGCAGUCGUCUGUAUCUGUUCCUUUUAAAUUAUGCAGUUAGAAUUUCUCUUGGUACAAAGCGAAAUUCAUGACUGAAUGCUUUAAUGUAUAGAGUGGGCGCUUAUAAUGAGGUAGGGCUUUAGCUAGUAUGUUACUUCACAAAUGACUUCUAAAAGUUGUUUAAAGAAAUCAGAAUAAAACUUUUCUGAUAUCUGUCCACCUGCCAGUGUAUCUUUUUAAUAGUCAUUGCCAUUACAUAUAGAGAUUUUUGUUUCUGACCUGACGUCCUUUAAUUUUUUUUCUCCAUGAUUUUUCAUGCAGAACAAAGUAUAUUCAAAGUAUUUAGUACAAUAAUAGAAGAAAAUUUCAUUGACAAACAUCCAGUUUGCUUGCAGCUCUGGAAAUUCAACAUUUAGAUUGAAAGAAGAAAAUAAAGUCCUUCUCAGAAUAUAUAGCUGAGUGCCUCCAUAUUAAAGCAAUAGGAGCUAAGUAAAUGUUGUUAUAUAAAGAAAAUAUAUUACUGGAAGAAUGACUUUUCUUUUAUCAGAAAUAGUAUGUUCUUGGGAUUUGCAUACACUUCUUAUAAAUCAUGAUCUUACAAUCUAAAUUCAGCUAGUAGUUAAAAUUGUUUCACCAUCUCAUUUCCAGAUUUAUUUUCACAUUAAUCAGGAAGCAGAUAUUCUAGCUUAUAAUUUCUAUCAAAAUAAAACUAGAUAUAAAGUUCCAUACGAAACAGUACACAGUGCCCUAUUUGCUAGCCUAUGAAAAGUUCUGUAUCCCUCACAAGACUUUGCUAAGAAUAUUGAUUGAUUGACCUUGGUGGCUUUAUUUUGU